AUGUCUGGAGCCAUGAGAAUCUUUUUCUUAAUUUCUGCUGUUCUCAUUCUCCUUGUUCACAUUUUCUCAGCCCAUGGAGGAAUAUACAGAGAGAUGCAGUGUCAGAAACUGGAUGGGCGCUGUGAAGUCGAGUGCCUUUCCUUCGAAGUUAAGAUUGGGGGCUGUCGAGCUGAAUUGACACCACUUUGCUGCAGGAAAAAGAGGAACAAGUAA